AGCCAAGCCACGCCCACCCCUCAGCGGCCGCCAUGUUCCUGCCAGAGAGACGAUGACAGGAAGGAGAAGCUGUUGAGAGCACUGCGGCCGGUUGCUUGUCCUGCCAGUGCGGAGAGAAGGACUGUGACGCCAUUGUACGCCCGCAGCGGCCCGCCUGCCCUCACACACACACAGCUCGCCGGCGGUGGGAGUCAGGGCCGAGGCAGUUGGCUGGUGCAGUGAGGUGGUCGCGCAGACUGGGGGUCGCUGCCGUGCAGGCUAGCAGGGUGAUCCCUCCUCUCGGGCUAUUUAUAGAGAGGGAGCCAGGCGGCAUUAUCUGUAUGGUGAUUAUCGCAGGAUCCCCACAGUGUGCUCGGGGCUCUACCUCCUCCCCGCCUGGAGCCUCCGGAGGGAAACUUUACCCAGUCAGUCACAGCCAGGACCCCCCAACCAGGACCGCAGCCCCCCAGCCAGACCACCAAUAACAACAACAACAAUCAUAAUAAACCCCCCCCCAGCCAGACCACCACCAGUAAUAACAACCCCCCCCCAGCCAGACCACCACCAAUAAUAACAAUAAUAAACCCCAUGCCAGUCAUAGACUCACCGUCACAUCCAGGAGAGCUCAUCUGGAUUUAAACCUCAGCCUAAUCCCACCAUCCUAUCUCCACUGCAGACAGCGGAAAGGGGGCUCUGACCGUGUGCUCCAAGCAUCCCCUGACAGCCAAAAUGUCAAACCCUGUGCCAGUGGAUAUGAUUAACUUGCGUCUAAUAUUGGUAAGCGGAAAGACAAAAGAAUUCCUAUUUUCGCCGAAUGAUUCAGCGGCAGACAUUGCUAAACAUGUCUACGAUAACUGGCCAAUGGAUUGGGAAGAGGAGCAGGUCAGCAGUCCGAAUAUCCUUCGACUCAUUUAUCAAGGACGAUUUCUCCACGGCAAUGUGACUUUAGGAGCAUUAAAACUUCCUCUUGGUAAGACAACGGUGAUGCAUUUGGUUGCCAGAGAGACAUUGCCAGAGCCUAACUCUCAAGGUCAAAGAAACCGUGAGAAGACCGGAGAGAGUAAUUGCUGUGUAAUCCUGUAAACCCCGCCAUGUCUGCGAAGUGUGAUGUAAUAUAGUCCUUGUCUUUCAUGCUGCUGGAAUAGAGGAGACCCAUUGCUUCAAAGAACCUUAGAACAACCAUCGUUAUAUAUACGGACUUGAUAUAUUACAUGAACACUCUCAACUCUCUUCAUUGAAAGAGACCAAAAACAUUCUCAUUCUGAUUUUUUUUUCUUCUUCUUCUUUUUCUUGCUGAGUAAGUUUGUAGUAUGUUAUAGUAUCUCCGUUUUUUGAAUGCAUUCAGUCUCCAGGGGAUAAAAAAAAUUAAAAAAAAAAUCUUCACUUAUACAACAAGAAUCAUUUGUGCUGCAGCAAAAAGAAAUCACCUUAACUGAUUUACAGCCGUCUACAUGCAGAUUGCACUAACGUACGACAACGCUAGCGCUAGCCAUACAAAAUACUACAGUUGAAGAGACGCGUUCCGGAAAUUGAAGCUAUCACAUACCGGCUGAAAUCAAAAGUAAGGGGGACUCACUUCUACCUAACAUAUGAUUAUUGGCCACAGCGGCACAAGGUAGUAGCAAGCGGAUGACAAAACGGUUUAUAUUCAAGGAACAAAACUAAAUGUGCCUGUACUCUAAAAGCACUCUGCAGAGGGCUCUGGAAUAAUCAUUCUGUACUAUAUGGUGCACUCUUAUCUCAAGCAUACGUUGCAUGCGUGUUCAUACCAAGCAAAUGAUAAGAGAGUGCCUUUCCUAGCCUUAAUAUGGGAGGGUAAUUUUCCUGUAGUCCAUAAGCCUUUAUUAUUGUGCAGAGGUAUUAGCAGAUGUUAUUUACUAAUCCAUUUUGUGUUUUAAUAUCAAACGAUGAUAUUUUCGGUGAUAAUUCCUCAUCUGUAAUUGAGUGUCCAAGUUCAUGCUUACCGCCAUUUAAAUAGUUAAUAAAUUCAUGAUGACAACGAACCGUUAACAUAGUACAACUUUUGGUUCCGUCAAUAAUCUGCAUUUGUAUUAGAGCUUGCUAAAAUAUUAAAAAUUCAAGCAAAAAUGAAGAUGCUGUUUUCUUUUUCCCUCAUUUCAUUAAAAAAUUUAAAAAUAAAUUUGCACAGCACUAAAGCAUGAAGCUACUUUCAUUUAAAACUGUAAAAAAAAAAAAAAAAAAUCAAAUAUAAACCUUUUUUAUAUUUUUCCACUAGGGACAAGGCUUCCUGGUUGAAAUUACAAAUAUGUGUAGAAUAUAUUUAAUAAAAAAAAAAAACCUUAUAAAAUGCAUUAUUAUAGAAUCUAACUAUAGAUUGGCAUAGUGUAAUAGAAUAAAAUAUACCUAUAAAUUGCUUUUUGAAAACAGUCCCAGGUUCACCUGGUCUUCUGUAUUCUUAAAAACACGAAAAAAGGUGUUAAAAACCCUUACAAAUCUUAACUGUAAUAAUUAUUUUCGAUGGUCCGCAUCCUUUAAGUGUAAUCAGAUUCUUUUUUUUUUGGUUUUCUUCAUUAUAUUAGCUUUGACAAAAUGCUUUAAUAUGCAUUAGGUCUUAAACAAAUAUAUUGUUCAUACUGAUUUGACUUAAAUUUGUAUAGAGCCGUUUUAAAAAGCAGACUACUGUAAAUAGCACUAAACGUUUUUCUUCCUGCAACCUGUACUGAUAUAGAUUAUUCUGUAACUAAAUAAAAAAAUAUAUAUAUUGUAGUGCAUUUCUGUUGGUUGUCUGGUGGUUAUGAUUGGGAUUGUAAUUGUUUAGAAAUGUUUUGAUAAAACUGGAAAAUCAUCUGGAUUUUAAAAUCAGUGCACAUAUCUGGUUUCUGCAAAUGAAUCCUGCUGAUUACUUUUGUAAUCCCAUUGAUAGUGAAUUGUUAUGAAAUUUUCCUGUAUAGCUAUAAUAAAGUAAAUCGUCACAAUAUCGUGACCUCUGUCUCUAGAAUUGGUUCUAACACAGAGCUUUUCAGCCACGUUUUGAUAGGUUUAAAAAAAAAUCAAAAAAUCAUGUUUUUGUUUUUUACAUUACAGAAAGUAUUUACCAGAUUUAUUGCAUAAAAAUGAAUGAUAUAACUGAACAGUGAGAAUAAUAUGUGGCGGUCAUCUGAAAUUUCCUGUUAAUAAAUACAUCUAAAACAUUAUUACCAA